CACAAAGCGGCCAGUCUGGUGUUUCUGACUUGCCGACGGACCAUAACACUGCCAUCCACAGCUACCCGCCAGCCAGCCAACCACCUACCAUGACUUACAACGGUACUGGAGACGGCGCUCCCGCUGCUGCUGACCCGAGCGCCAUUUUGAAUGCCGCCGUGGAGAGAGCGAAGGCUAUAGCCGCUCGUCUAUCACAAGUGAAACCUCCAGCAGGGGAUCAGUUCGAAAAUGCAAGCAGUCCAACUACUUCCGGCACCAAACGCUCCCACGCCGAAUUCGAUGACUACCGUCCUCCGUCCUCUGGCUACCGCCGCGAGGACUUCCAAAGCGAAAGCAAACGUCAGGCUUCCGACCACGAUCAGUACGGCGGAGGCAGCCGCAGCUUCGGUUCGAACCCUUACGACCGCCCGAACGAUAGUUAUGGAGGAUCCAGUGGCGGUGGUGGAGGCAGGCCUCGCAUCGGUCUUGGUCACUCUGACGCACCACCUUCGUCGCACUACGGUCCCGGCGCUUCUCACGGCAGGUCCUCUGUGAGUGAGGAAAUUACAGUUCCCAAUCAAUUUGUCGGGCUCAUCAUUGGCCGCUCCGGUGACAACUUGAAACGAAUCGAAAGUACUUGCAACGUCAAGGUGCAGGUUGCGUCAGACAAAACAGACGGGCCGGACGCAGACCGCCGCACCACAAUCACCGGUGAGCCCGAGGACGUCGCGCGAGCAAAAGCAAUGAUCAUGGAGCAAGUCAACCAAGGAAACGCUCCUCCGUUCCGCGCCCCAAUGUCCUCGGCUCCACCUGCAAACCCAUCCGACUCCAUUACCGUCCCUGCUCAUAAAGUUGGUCUUGUUAUCGGCCGUGGCGGCGAAACAAUUCAUCGCUUGCAGGACCAAAGCGGCGCCAGCAUCAACGUCGUGCAGGAGAGUGCACAGGACACGUCCUCGGGCUUGCGAACCAUCACAUUGUCCGGAAACCCUGCUUCGGUCGACAUGGCCAAGCAGCUGAUCGAUGAGCUGGUCAACUCUCAGGGGCCUCCGGGCAGGUUCCAAAACAACUUCAGGGGCGAGACUGAGAUCAUCAAAGUCCACACCGACAGGGUCGGCCUAGUAAUCGGUCGCGGUGGCGAGACCAUCAAAUCCAUCCAGAUGCAAUGCGACGUCAAGAUCAAAGUCGACUCACAAUCCGACCCCGAAGGAAAUCGCACGGUAACCAUCUCCGGCCCGCCCGAGAACAUCGCCCGCGCCAAAGAGAUGGUGAUGGAGCGCGCUUACAGUAGUCGAAGGGAAGGUGGGCCGAUGGGUGGGCCGAUGGGCGGUCAUGGCGGUGGCGGCGGAUACCAGCAGCAACAACAGCAGUACCCGCAACACGUUCAACAGCAAGCGUAUGGGCAGUACGCCCCGCCUGGGAACUACGGCGGAUACGGACAUGAGCAGUGGGCGGGCGGCGCGGAGGGUGCCCCCGGCGCGUACGGCGGGUACGAUGCCAACGCAUACGGGUGGAACGCGGCCGGUUAUGGGCAGCAACCCGGCGGUGAGGCCGGUGGCGCUCCCCCCGGUGCCGGCCCCGACUCUGCCAACCCGCAAGGAGACGCAGGAGGCGAGGGCGGUCAACCCCAACAACAGUACGACCAAGAAGCCUGGGCGGCUUACUACGCGCAGUACCAGCAGUAUUACGGCAUGUACCCCCAAUACGCCGCCGGUGCGGUCCCCGAUGCGUCCGCUGUACCUGGCGCACCUCCUGCACCUGCCCCCGACGCGACCACCGAAGACAAACCACCCACCGACGACCAGAAUUCGUCCGCGGCGCCUUCUGCACCCGCCCAACCGAAUGCGUCCUCGUCACCUGGCAGCGUAACCGGGAAGGAUGAUUCGACCGCUGCUGCUGCGUCGCCACCGGCCGCCGAGUCGGGAACCGCGUCGCCGGCGCCUCCAUCGGAAUGAAGCAGAUUGAAUUAAUUAUCUGAAAGCGUUGAUUAAGGUUGACGGGGAAGGAAGGGCGGGGAAGGAAGCGAAAACAGGAAGGGUUGGUUUCUCGCUGUAUUCUCCGGCGGGCUUCAAACGAGGAUUUCGCUGGCUGGCGAUCUUAAAUAUAUAUUCGAUGCUCAAAAUGGAGCUCCAGUUCAAUUUCUCAGCUUCCCCUUCCAUCUGAAUGACAUCUAUUUUUACAUGACCAUACAUAUUCCACCAUGCACAAGGCCCCAACACCCUUGCGUACGUAGUACUGUUCUAUGGCUGCAAAGCAGACAGAGCCCUAGCGCUCGUCGCAUGGUGUCCCGUACGGGGGAAACGCGCA